AUGGGUGAAGAGCGGGAUCAGUCGCAGGAACAGGAGAUGAUAAAUGGUGACACUCUACAUGUGGAUCAAAAGGGAUCGGGAAAUCGGGAGACUAUCCACAUUACAGUGGAGGAUCUGGGGAUAGUUAACACCAGUUUUGGUAUGUUUGAGGAAGAGCCCGUGACUAUGAGAAGCAACAUGGGACGCUCGGCUAGCUCUGUGUCAGCCUGCCCAAGGGUGCGAAAGAAGAAACCGCUGCAGCAUCUCUCGUCUCUGCCCCUUCAGCCUCGAGCGAGACAAAAUCACUCUCCUAACAGCUGGGAAGAGAAUGAAGAUGAAGAAGAGGACCACUUUCUGUUUGGAAGUGGCAAUGACAGCACCCCUGCUUCUGGGAGCCUCUCGGUGCACUGCGAGAUCAAUUUGAUUCCACCAACUCCAUCUGAUGUUAUUGAUGAGGAUCAGUUCUUUGAUAUGAAUUCAGAGGAGAGUGUGGUCUACACUGCAGAGAGUGAUGGUUGCUUUGCUGCCAGAGACAACGAGGAGAAUGAGGCGACGCUGGGAGUGACAAUGACUGAGAGUGAGAUGAUUGUUGUGGAUUCCGAGGAGGACAAAUUCGGUCAGUUGGCAGAAGAGUGGGAGACAAUAAAAGAUAAAGAUGGGGAUGAACAAAAAACAAAGGCAAAUUUGUUUCAUGUUUAUCAGGUGGAUCCACUACCCGUGCUCCCCCAGAAACGCAACUUCAAUAGUGGAAUACAACUUUUGCCUUUCACUGAGCUCAACUUGGAUGAGUUGAGCAACGGUGAUGUGAGCUGCUCUGGCAUGCUGAAGACUGCUGUUGGCCUGCCUCCUCUUAAGGCUCCCACAAUGGAUGCGUUUACUCACCAGAGGAAGCCAAUGACUCGCUCCUGCAGUUUAGCGGACACACAAACUGGGAGUGCCACUUUUCACACAUUAACCCAGACGUCAGACCAGCAACAGCAAGAGAAGAGGUCGCCACGGCAACGACGUAAAACCGUUGCAUCAUGUGUUCCCAAAUCUAAGGACCAGAAUGGAAAAUUCCCUGAGAAGUAUGUGAACAGGCAGGAGGCCAAAUCUCUCAGGGAGCGAAACACAAAUGAGAUGUGCCAGUGGUUCACAAACAUUGGACUGCAAAAAUGUCUCCCCUUCAUCCAAGAGGCAAAUUUGUGUGGAGCAGACAUAGCAGCAAUAAAUGUCGACAUCCUGGACACCCUUCACAUCAACACACUAAAAGACAAGGAGCAGCUCCUGUCUGCCAUAUAUAAUGAGCUGCACCCACCCAGCAAUUCUGAAUUCUUUGGUUAUAAUCAUGUAGAAACGUUCAUGCCAAUGAUCAAAUCCAAGUCCGCCCCACACGUCAACUGUCUGAGCAUGAACCGACCGUCACUUAAGAUAAGACACAACAACCAAAACUCCAUGGCACAAAGGUUACAGUUGAUCGAGGUGACUAUUAAUGCAUCGGAGCGAAUAUUGCACCUCAGAACGCCAAAAGAAACAACAGUGGGCAAAAUAAUGGACUCCUGUCUCAGAAUGUUGGGAAUGACCGAUGACAGAAGCCUUUUUUCACUGAAAGAGCAGAGAGAAUCCAUGGCUGAGCUCUCCCAGGAUCAGCAGAUUGGGACUGUGCUGACAUCCCUGUCUGACAGGCAGCUGGAGCUACAUUUGUCAAAAAGGAAUACCACUACCCAAAAGAGCCCAGAAGCCAAAAGCUCUACUGGAAUGCCAAAGGAGGAGAGAAUCAAGGAGCUGAACCUCCAGGUGGAGUCACUACAAAAUGUCAUCCUCCAGGUGCAGGAACUCCACCUAGACCUUGUAGCAUUUUGCUCGGAGUUGAAGAACUCAGACGGAGAUGAGAAUUUAGAAAUGCUCGGUUCAGCUGAGUUGGAGCAGAAACUGGAACUGCUCCAAAGGAGACUGAGUGACAAGAAGCAAAGUCUUCAGACCCUCCGAGAUCACAUCAACAACCCUGCUGCUCACAGGAAGAAACAGCUGGAUGUUCGUCUUUUGGAGAAAAUGAAGCUCAACUGCCAGGUGUUUAAAGAGGAAAUCUCCAUGGUGCAUCUCAACCGACAGGUGGCACAUCUCCAAAAUGUCCUGCAGGACAGUUAUUUGAAGGAGAAAGCCCAGAGGAAGAAAAUGACCAUUGGUAACUUGAGCCAGCUGGUGUCACCACAGUCUCCCGCCAUGCUGCUGGUCUUCCAGGAGUGUUGCGGAUCGGAUGGCUGCUAUGGCUUUACAUGUCGCUACGCAGAAGGCAGUGGAUUAGUGGUUGUCGCGGUGGAGAACUCGCAACUCUGUGUGGAUGACAGACUUGUGGAGGUGAAUGGAUCACCAGUGGUCAACUCGACAGAAGAAGACCUGAAUGACCUUCUUUUUCAGCUCACCACCGCUCAGAUUAUUGUGCUUCGCCAGCCCCCUUCGACCCUUACCUCACAUCAACCCCCUCCUAUCCCCCAGCACGUGGUUAACCCUAAUCCCCUGCAAGCAGAGAGAGAUGUGAUUGCCAUGGAAACUCCAUCACUGCGCAGGCUAAUGGCCAUUUGAUGAGAUGACAAUGUGACAAAUUUUUGUGGAUGAACACAACAAAUAGUGAGACGAUCAAACUCAAAACUGAUGAAAAUGGUGGAAAGAUUUUAUUAAUUUCAUCUGGAUUUAAUGUAGCAAUUUUGGUUGAUUAUGUAUUGACAUUUCUUCUAUUAUGGAACAAAUAUUAUUGCUAAUUGUAGUUACAACCUAAAGGUCUUGUGAUAAUGUUCCAGUGUUUGGUAUACUUUGUGGACUUUACUGAAAAUUCCAGAAUAUAUAUAUAUAUAUAUAUAUAUACACACACACACACGCACACACAUUUUAACUGAUUUACCAGGUUUGUCGACCUUUCUAAUGUAGUUGUACAAAAAUUCUCCGUUCAAGUUCUUUUCCUCAAGCCAUGACCACUUGAACGUGUUCCUAACACUCGUGUCUAUUACAUGUAUGUCAGCUUGACUGUCUACCUGUUUGAAUAUUGCGCUUGGGCCGUACCUGGCCGAUCACGCAUGAAUUAGUUUACACAAAAUGCUAUUCAAACACUCAUCAUUCAAUGAUUAAUCUGCCUUUUGUGUGCACACGUGCACCCUUUGUGGCUUCCGUUAUCGCCGAAACAUCGAAAUCUCAGAGAUAUGGCGAGGCCAUGAGAAUGAGAGGGUAGGGGUGUUACUGUGACUAGUGUUCAUGCGUCAACAUGGCUACGCUCGUGAAAGCAAAACAACAAACUGAAACGUGUGUUCGUUCAAUGUUGUCUAAGAUAUGAUAAGAAAACCUUUAUUAGUCUCAAUGGAGAAAUUCCCAAUUCACAGCAGCAAAGCAAUGAAAGGAAGAAGUAGAACAACAAAAUAUAGGAGUUAACUAACUAAUAUCAGAAUUAAUUUUAGGCAGUUUUUCCUCAAUUUUCCAGAGGAAAUUUCAUGAAAUUUUGAAAAUGUGGAGGACUUUCAUCUCUAAUAUAUUUUUUUUCCCCACAGCAAAAGCUGUGUGACUGCUAUAUGUAAAGAACACCUAACUUUGUACUUUAGCUUUGGUGUGCUAACUCAGUGGUUUACAUCAGGCAUGUCCAAAGUCCGGCCCGCGGGCCAAAUCCGGCCCGCGGUCGAAUUUCAUCCGGCCCUCGGCCCCCCUGUCAUAAAAUCAGUGUCGUCUGGCCCGCAGGUUGGGCGCAAUGGAACACGUGUUGCAUUGAAUGAGGUCUCGUAGACUGGUGAGUGAUGUUUCAUAGAGUACUGCUUCCCUCUAGUGGCUAAAUGAGUAAUAGCAUUCACUAAAUAAGUAAUAGCAUUUAGACACUAGGGGGCAUCACUCACGAGUUAACAAGAUAUCACUCCGUGUUUAUAUUGACUGAUAUGUCAUGUUUCAAAUGAUCCUUGCAGUUGUGGAUAUGUGUAUUGCUUGUUCAUUUCCCUGUUGUUCGAGUCAAAGGUUUUGUGACUAUUGAAAAGUCAUGGUGAUACAUUUUAUGUUUCAAAUCAAUCAAUUUGCACUCAGGAGACUUCUGUUCAAGAAAAAGUCAAGUGAAUAAGCAGUUGCAUGUG